AUGGAACCAAUAUUCAGGUUUCGAGACCGAGAAUGUAGUCGAGAUUUACUUGAAGAUUUGUACGAAUGUGGUGGAAUUGGAGACGAUGAUAUAAUUGGGAUUGAUUGGUUGAAUAAUGAAUCAUGGACUACAUAUAAAUUGAGCACACUUAUCGAAUUAUAUGGUCCGGAAUACCCAUUUCGGAGAAGAAAAGUUUCGGUUGGGAAUGAAUCGGAUUCUUCUUUUGAAUUCUCUUCCGAUGAGGAAUUAACAAGCCGAAGAAAAUCUGUAGUAAUCGACGAGACGAAAAAUUCUGUGUUUGAAAUUCCAGCUUUAUCAGAACCCCCUGUAGAAGAUAAAUUCUCUAUUUCAUUAGAAGACGAAGAGCCCCAUGCUGAAGCAAUUAAAGAUUAUUAUACGCUUGAAGAAUAUUGUCCAAUUUUUUUUCGACCUGCCUACGAAUUUGCCGAAUGCCAACUUCCGAUCGAUGAAAAAUUCAUCGAGUUGCCGCUUUUCUCAGAAAACUUUCGAAACGACUCGACGAUUCUUGAAGGACACGCGAUUCGCCAAGCGAUAUCUCUUCUUAAAUCGAAAAUCGACGCACAAAACCAUUAUUUUGUGUCGAUAUUGAAAGCAAACGUGUUUUGUCGCCUUUGUCGCUUGCCGAUUCUCGACAACUCGCAAAUUUUCAAUCAUUUGUUCAGCGAGAAACAUGUGGAAAAUCUUUGUUUGCUGAAAAUCCCGCGCAAAUCAUUUUUCUUCUGGAGUCGAGAUGUCAAAAAUGCAAUAUUCGGACCGAUUGAAGAGAAUGAAUCAAAUUCGAUAACCGCAAAUGGUCUACGACCCAAAAUCCCGUUGUUCAAUUUCUUCGGAAAUGGGAAAAAAGAUCCCGAAUUUGAGAAGGAAUACGAUGCACUUGCGAAGAGAUUUUCGAAUAUUCCCAUAAAAUGUGUUGCAACUGUCAAUACUAGCAAAUUGAGUGAAAUGAUAUGCGAAAGUUGUUUGAAAACAACUGGAAUAUCAAAAAAAUGCCAAAAUUAUCAGUCGAUCGCUUCGCACGUCUUCUCGAAAACGCAUGGCGAAAUUCUCAAAAAAGACUGUAAAGUGGCAAUAAGCGAUCUCGAAUAUUGGAGAAAAUUCAUUGAAAAAGCUGAAAAUAUUAUGAAUAAAGGCCCGAAAUAUCCGCUGUUCAACUCAUUUGGAUCAACUAAUAAAUUGCCAUGAACGAAAGAGGCUUUUGAAUAUUGGAAGACGUUUAUAAAAGAAGCACAAGCCGCAACGGACAUUGCCUUUGGAAAUGCGAAAGAAGAAAUCCCGUUGUUCAAUUUCUUCGGAAAUGGGAAAAAAGAUCCCGAAUUUGAGAAGGAAUAUGAUGCACUUGCGAAGAGAUUUUCGAACAUUCCCCUAACAUAUGUUGCUAAAAUUAAUACUGAAGAGUUUGAAUAUGUGCUUUGUGAAAUUUGUUUGAAAAGAAAAGGAAAAUUUGUUUAUUGCAUGAAUCUUCAAUCAAUCGCUUCGCACGUCUUCGCGAAAAUCCAUGGCGAAAUUCUCAAAAAAGACUAUAAAGUGGCAAUAAGCGAUCUCGAAUAUUGGAGAAAAUUCAUUGAAAAAGCCGAACAAAUUGAAAAUGAUGCGCAAAAACCAGUUCCAGUUCUUUCAACGCCAUCGAAGUCCGCUAUUUCGAACUACGGUUCAUCCUGCUCGUUGUUGCGGUUUUUGCGCCAAUUCGCCACCAUUCGCCACAUUCGUCGAUGUCUUCAAUCACAUCAAGAGCCAACACCAUAUGAUAAGCCUCAGAUCAUCUCGGAAUAUCGAAAAAUGCGAUUUGGACUUCUGGAAGAGAUUCGCCGAGAGGGCUUGGUGCUUCUGAACAUGGUCAAGUGCUUCGCGAAACGACACGAAUCGGUGCGCCUAGAAUUCAUUGAGACGUUUUGCUACGUCUGCGACACGGUCGUGCUCAAUGCCAUCGAGCACAUUUGCAGCCAUGACCAUAUUAGGCAUCUCUCCGCGAUUGGCGCCACUAUCAGCGAUUUCGAUUUCUGGGAGUUGGUGAUUCGUCAAAAAUGCCAUCAUUCAACGACGCGUCGAAUUUACGGCUUCUGCUUAGGUGUUUAUGAUAAAUCGCUGCCCGUGCUCGACUUGCCGUUGUUCGCCGAGUAUCCGGACCACAAAACAAUUAUAGCUGGACCCACUCAACGUGAAAUCGAUUAUAUUCGUGAAUGCUUCACAAUGCUAUCGAAUGGAAAUUUUGCAUUUGCGGAUGAGGUGAGAAAAGCUGGUUAUUCCCUAUGCAAAGAGGCGAUUGAUUAUUGGCUUGACGCUUGCGAGAUGACGGACCUAACAGAGAGACCGAUUCGGUAUCCCAAUGAAUCGGAAGUUGUCGUGUCGAAUAGAUGGAUAAUCGCGCCAAUGUUCGAUCUCAAAAUGUCGCAUGAUCGACAAAUUUCCAUCGGCAAAUCAAUUCAAAAGCUUUUCGAAAAUCUCGACGAAGGCAAAUUCCUCGAAUUAUACCAGUCAAAGCGUCUCGGACCGAAUGAGGCAUGUUGUGAACAGCUUCUUUUGAAAUAA